AUGCUCGCCCUCGCUCUUCUCGCGACGCCCUCAAUCGCCUCCUCUCGCCCCCAUCCGCGGCGCGGGGGGGCACUCAUCGACACGCGCAACCGCACCGACUUCAGCAUCAAGCUCGAGACAUUUGUGCCGGCGCUCGCCCUCGCGGCGUCUGCCUCGCGCAAACCCAACAAGGCCGCGGACCUCUCCGCCCUCGGUGUCGAGCGGCUCACCAUGCCCAGCGAGGAGCGCAUCAACGCGCUCCUGCGCCCGUCGCCCAAGACGACGGUCACCUACCUCGCCUCGGAGCGGAAGGUGCUGGGCGCGGCCGCGCGCGCGCCAGCCCUCUCCGACUCCAUCUCGCGCGGCGAGGUCGUGAGCCGCCCCGCUUCGCCGUGGCUCUUCAUCCCGCUCCGCAAGUCGCAGGCCUACGCCACCCUCCUGACGACGGACAACACCGACUACUCCCGACUACUUCCCACGAGCAAUAAGACGGAAUCCACGACCGCCACGGCCUACUCCAAGAGCGCCGUGCUCGAGUCGUGGACCGCCGGCGGGCAGCUCCGAAAGCUGGUCGAGACGGGCCUCGGCUUGGUCUGCGCGGGAUCCUUGCUGCUUGGGCGUUCGCGAGUCGCCUCGCUCGAGCAGUCCGCCCGCGUCCGCUUGGCCGCCGCCGCACUGCUCGUCGGCAGGGUGGCCGCGCAGAAUGCAUGUGGCGGAUGCGUCGCGUGCAAGUGCGUCGCGUGCCUUGAUGAGAUCCCUUCGGGAUGCUAUCCCUACGAUCCUACCGGAGACAUGGGGCCACCGAACGCUGAAGAGUGCAUAAUGGUUGGUGGCAUUGAUUGCUCCGUCGUACCCCCGGCUCGGCCGUACCCGCCUUCCAUCCCAGCGCCGCCGCUCCCUCCUGGCGGCUACUUCAUCAUCGGCCCGUGCUCGCUCACCGACGGCGGCUCGUGCGCCACGUCGCCAAACUACCCGAACAGCUACGGCAGGAACGAGGCGUGCACCAUCAGCGGCGUGCCGACGGUCGAGCUGGAGACGGUCGCCUUUGAUGUGGACCCGUCGUGGCCCUCGCCCUGCGGCUGCGAGGAAGUGGGGGUCGCGUUUUGCAACUACGACAAAGGCGACAGCGGCUUCUGUGAGCUGUGCACCGAUGUGCCUGGCGGCGCAGAAGAAGGCUGCGGCAACUGGGACCUUCCGCCGGCGGGGGAAGAGGAUUGCCGCAAGUGGUGCUGGAGCUCUACCGACUACGACGGCAAUGGCGAUUUCACGGACGACUGCUACAAGGACUACCUCACCGUCAACGGCAAGAAGUACUGCGGCACCUCGGGGCCGAGUGGCGCGGUGGCGCAGGACGGCGUCAUCGAGUGGCGGUCGGAUGGCUACGGGAUCUGCUGGGCGACCGGGCCGCCUUCACCGCCAGCUCCGCCAUCACCGCCAUCACCGCCCCCGCUGCCGCCGCUCUCCCCCGGCUUUGAUGUCGCCGCGGCCGGCGGCGUCGUCUACGCGGAGGGCAGCGGUGCGAUCUCGAUAACCGGCUCGACCGUGGCGGGCUGCUCGACUGGCGAGUCCGGCGGCGUCGUCUACGCGGAGGACAGCGGUGCGAUCUCGAUAACCGGCUCGACAGUGUCGGGCUGCUCGGCUGGCGAUUCCGGCGGCGUCGUCUACGCGGAUGACAGCGGUGCGAUCUCGAUAACCGGCUCGAACGUGUCGGGCUGCUCGGCUGGCGAUUCCGGCGGCGUCGUCUACGCGUCUCGCAACGGUGCGGUCUCGAUAAUCGGCUCGAACGUGACGAGCUGCAGGGCUAUUGGCACGUACGGGGGGGUUGGCUUCCAGCCCAAGUUCAAGAUCGUGGUCAGCUUCUACCAGGUCGUUGCCACGCUCGGCCCCGUCUACGGCGUCCGCCUCCACGAGGACUUUACGCGCUGGACCGACUUCAUCGACUCGAUCAGCUUUGAUCUGCUCGGCCUCACCUAUCCGGACGCGUGCAUCGGUUCGAUGGCUGACCGGCUCCUGCUCGCCGGUCUGUGGCCGUUUGCAGCCAUGUUGCUCGGAGGCGCCGCCAUCGCCUGCUACGCACUCGCGGAGUGGCUUCUGUCUGGUCGCGCCGGCAGCCUCCGUCGCGACCUCGUCCGCUCUACGCUGCGUCGCCUCCUCUACUGGGCCAUCCUCGUCGCCUACCUCGUGCUGCCCUCGGUCUCGCGCUCCAUCUUCAAGGCGAAGCAGUGCGAGUCGUUUAACAUCAACGUCUUCACCGGGGACACACGCAGCUAUCUCGUAGCCGACCUCGACGUGCUCUGCAGCACCGACGAGCACCGCGGCCUCGACGCGUACUUUUGGGCAUUCUUCGUCCUCUGGCCGGUGCUCGUCCCGCUAGCCUUCCUGGUGCUCCUGCUCUCGAUCCGCUCCGAGGUGCGGGCGCAGCGAGUCAGGGCCACGGCCCGAGCCAGCCGCUUCCUCUGGCGCGACUACGACCCGCGCUUGCUCUUCUGGGAGGUCGUCGAUAUGGGCCGCAAGUUGUUCCUCGCCUCGCUGGUGCUCUUCAUUCAGACAGACACCGGGUCGAGCAAGAUCCUCCGCCUCUUCGUCGCCUCUGUCGUCUCGGCCCUCUACCUCGCCGUCCUCGCCCUCGCCCGGCCCUUCAAGCGAUCCGCCGACCUCUACCUCGCGUGCACCGCCAAUCUGUUUCUCGCCUGCUGCUUCACCUCCGGAACGGUGAUUCAGCUCUGCGAGAGCGCCGCCUACGAGGACAUGUGCAAGACCCUCGUCGGCUUCGAGAGCGCGCGCGGAGCGAGUGAGUUUGUAAUCGUGCUCACCGCCGCAAUGCUGGCCGCGUCGCUGCUCGUCGUCCUCUUCAAGACUGUCAGCGCCGUCCGCGCGCCCACCAUCCGCCUCUGCUCCUCCGGCCGCCCCCCAGUCCUCGAGCUGUCCCCCGAGUGCCACUUCCACAGCUUCAUCUCGCACGCCUGGGGAACUGGCCAGGACCAGACGCACACCGUCGUGCGGCGACUCCAGCUGCUUCUCCCCGGCGUCCGGAUCUGGCUCGACGUCGACAACCUCGAGGACGUGGGCAAGCUGGAGGAGUCAGUAGCCGACGCGAAUACCUUCCUCGUCUUCCUCAGCGCCGGCUACUUCAAGAGCUUCAACUGUCGCCGUGAGCUGUACGCGGCGCUCGGCAAAGACCGGCCCUUCAUCCCCAUCUUCGAGGCAGACGUGGCAAAGGGCGGCGCCUCGAUCGAGGCGUUGAAGGCCGAGUGCCGCGAGAACUGCGUCGAGGUCGCCCCGCCCGCCUACCCUUCCUACGGCGGGCCAGACGAGAUGAUCGCGCGCGUAUUUGAGGAGGCGAAGCCGAUCGUGUGGGUGCGGGUGAACAUCUUUCAGCUCGUGUCGCUCAAGGCUGUCGCGCUGCGCAUGCUGCUGCACUCUCCGUACUACGCGAGCCGCCCGGCCGAGCUCGCCGACGGAGUGCUGGUGCCCGGCGAGGCGGGCCCCGUUGCCUUUAGCGGCCCCGUCACUAUCCUCGUGUGCCGCGGCAACGAGGAUGCCUUUGGUAUAGCAGAGGAGCUCAAGAAUGCGGCGGUGGAGGGGCGCGGCUCUACCGCCAGCGCCGAGGCGGUCGAGAUCCGCGAUGCGGAGGAGGCGCUCGAGGGAGCCAACGCGGCCCCGUGCGAGGGCUUCCCCGUGUUCCUGCUCUACCUGAACGACAAGACCUUUCUUGACGCCGGCGGCGCUGUCGCGCGCCUCGUGCAAGCGGCGAUGGACCAAGGCAUCACCAUCGCCAUGGUCCACGAGCAGGAGCCAAGCUGCGGCGGCGUUCCUUUCGGUCGCUUCUUCCAGCAGACGCCGCAGGUGCUGCAGCGGCCGCCGUACAAGCUGUUCGACACGGUGGCGGUGGCGCUCUACCCGGCUCCGGAGCAUCGUGAGAUCAGCCUGCGCCUCAUACUAAAAAGCAUGGGGGCGGUGCCGUGCGACGCGGGGCCGCUCCGCCGGCGGCGGGCCGCCCGCAUCGAGUCCGCGGUCGGCCUGCAGCCCAAGUUCAAGGUCGUCGUCAGCUUCUACCAGCUGCUCGGCCGCCUCCUUUACUGGGCGAUCUUCAUCUUCUACCUGGUGCUUCCCUCCGUCUCGCGCUCCAUCUUCAGCGCGAGGCUGUGCGAGUCCUUUCGCUACGACGACGCGACAGGCCAGCGCAUCAGCUUCCUGCUCGCCGACCCGUCGCUCACGUGCGACGCCGGCCCUACGUGGGACGACGAGACGGGCGGACUCGCGCCGUACUUUUGGGCCUUCUUCGCCCUCUGGCCCGUCCUUGUGCCGCUCGGCUUCUUGGCGCUGCUGCUCCGCGUCCGCAAGCCCGUGGCUGCGCAGCGCGCAACGCCGCUCUCUCGUGCGACGAGCUUCCUAUGGCGGGACUACUCUGGCCGCUUCCUCUUCUGGGAGGUGCUCGACCUGGUCCGCAAGAUCUUCCUCACCUCGAUGGUCCUCUUCAUCGACCAGGAUUACGGCUCCCGCAAGCUGCUGCGCACCGUGGUCGGCCAUCUGUGCGACAGCACCGCGUGCGAAGACAUGUGCUACACCCUCGUUGGCUACACGACUUCUCGCGGCGCCACCACCUUCGUCGUCGUCCUCACCGCGGUCAUGCUCGCCAUCUCGCUAGCCGUCAUCGUUGUAUUGGCGGUCAGCGCCUCGAGGGCGAAGACCAUGCGGCUCGUCUCGUCGAAGCGCGAGCCGGAGUGGCACCUCUUCCUCAGCCACGUCUGGAGCACGGGGCAGGUUUACCGCCCCCCCUAA